AAUUUUGCACCCUUUUGUUUUUGUUUUUCCCAAUUGAAGCCAGAAACCAGAGGGGGUUUUGUUCUUCUCAACAAGGCGAUUGAUUUUUCCUUCCAUCCUUUUUAAUUAGAGCUGUCAAAAUCCGUAGGCCUUUCAAGCCUCAUCUUCAGCCCUGUUUUUGGUAGGGUUAUUUUUCAACCUAUCCCCAUAACCCUCUUGUCUAUCGGGUUAAGAUUGGGAGCUCCAAUUUUUUUAAUCAAAUCCCUAAUUUCUCUUUCUUCUCUUCGUUUCUUCUUCUUCUUCACAAGUUCUAUAGCUCUUCUGAUAUCUUCUUCUUCUCCUCCUCCUGGUUCUUCUUCUUCGCAGUUUCUUCUUUCUUCUCGUUGUUCUUCUGCUUCUUCACAGAGAUUGGGAUCGGUGAGAGGUUGAAAUUGAACCUGUUCUUUGCAGUGCCUCAUCCAUCUGCAGUUUGGGGUUCUCUUCAUCGUUCUUCGACUUACCUCCGAUAAUAGAUUUUCAAUGGGGAAAAAUGAAUUUCUCACACCUAAAGCAAUUGCCAAUCGAAUCAAAGCAAAAGGACUGCAGAAGCUUAGAUGGUAUUGUCAGAUGUGCCAGAAGCAAUGCCGAGAUGAGAAUGGGUUUAAAUGCCACUGCAUGAGUGAAGGACACCAGCGUCAAAUGCAAAUUUUUGGACAAAACCCACAUCGGAUAGUUGACGGCUAUACUGAAGAGUUUGAAAGUUCUUUUCUGGAGCACAUGAAGCGCAGCCACCGAUUCAGCCGUGUGGCUGCCACUGUAGUUUAUAAUGAAUACAUAAACGAUAGACACCAUGUUCAUAUGAACUCCACUCAGUGGGCUACGCUUACUGAGUUUGUAAAGUACUUGGGUCGAACUGGCAAGUGUAAGGUUGAUGAAACACCCAAGGGAUGGUUCAUUACAUACAUAGAUAGAGAUUCAGAAACCCUUUUCAAGGAGAGGAUGAAGAAUAAGAGAAUCAAGGCAGAUAUGGUAGACGAAGAAAAGCAAGAGAAGGAGAUCAGGAAACAGAUUGAAAAGGCUGAGCAAUUGAUGCAGCUACCUACUCCCGAGUCUGAUCAGCCUUCACAGGUUGAGCCUCCGAGGGAACUAAAUGUGGAUGAUGGAGUUAAGAUAGGAUUUUCUCUUGGGUCAUCAGCUAGGCCUGUGACCAAGGAAAAACGUGAGGCAUCGAGGGUGGUGUUUGAUGAUGAAGAGAAAUAUGAGGAAAGGAAUUCUGUAAACAAUUUGAAGAGGAAAGAAAGUGGUGGUGGAAAAUCAGCUUUGGAUGAAAUGAUGAGGGAUGAAGAGAAGAAAAAGGAAAAAAUUAACAGGAAGGAUUAUUGGUUGCAUGAGGGAAUUGUUGUUAAGGUUAUGAGCAAAGUCUUGGCAGAGAAAGGGUACUACAAGCAAAAGGGCAUUGUGCGAAAGGUGAUUGACAAGUAUGUUGGCGAAAUAGAAAUGCUUGAAAGCAAGCAUGUACUCAGAGUUGAUCAGGCAGAGCUUGAGACUGUGAUUCCACAAGUUGGGUGCCGUGUAAAAAUAGUCAAUGGGGCAUAUCGUGGAUCAAUUGCUCGGCUGUUGGGGGUGGAUACAGAUAAUUUUUGUGCUAAGGUGCAGAUAGAGAAAGGUCCCUAUGAUGGCAGGGUACUUAAAGCUAUGGAAUAUGAGGACAUCUGUAAAAUAGCCCAGUGAGUUUGCUAGUUGGAUUGUUUGUUCUUAUGUAUCUGUCUCUAGUGUAUCAUCUUUAUAACGUGCUACUGUUCUGUUUGGAAUACUGAAUUAGCAAUGGAUACUUGUUCAUCAGUAAUUUCAGUAUCCAAUGAAUACUUGUUUGAAAUGGAUACUGCAAUGGAUACUUGUUCUCAGUAAUUGCAGUAUCCAAAAUAUGCAAUGGAUACUGAAUUAGCAACGUGCUACUGUUCUGUUUGGAAUUCUCAUGGAAUAGAGGCCUUCUUGUUGUAAAUUGUAAUAUGCAUUUUGCUAUGUUGUGGAGCACUUACGAGAAGGUUGUCCGUGACGAAGAACUAGUAGUAUCGAAUUUUUCUUUGUACUGCUGUUUCAAACAUGUUGAUGUUAACUUAGUCAUGGAUAAUUCAAGAUUCUGUUAAAAUUACAAAUAACGAAUUUGCAGAAGGAGGAUAUAAAAUUUAUCU